AGAGCCAUGACUUGCGUAAGGUUAGGGCUGUUUUACUACGGAGUACUCGGUCUGAGCUGGUCUGAUGCGGGGAGAUCUAAUUAUAAAAAGGUUGAAUGAAGCCCCCGUUGGGGGCUUCUGAGGAAGGACAUUUCCUUCCUCAGGUAUUUUCGCAACUCUUGCGCAUUGCAAACAUGACCAUGAUGGAUUUUUGGAGAAGGAGCGAAGAAGUAGGAGGAGUAGGAGUCGGUGAAGAGUGUGAGCUGGUGGGAGAGGAAAUGGCUACCUUGGUGGGCAAUGGGGUAAGUAGAGCUACACCUACGCUUACACACUUUCACUACGAUGGAAAGAAAACAUGCCGUUUAGGGCCAUGCUAACUAUCAGAACAGGUUCUUGUUGGUUUCGCCGGCCAAGCCCUCUUAUCCUUAUGCCUGUCGGCGUGGGUGUUCUUCCUAACCAAACACGGGAACAUGGAUAUCACAUAUCCCGAAGGGUCUAUUAAGCGAGAGAUCGAGCGCAAACGCCUAGACUUCGUUUCGAAUAUUCUAAUGAUCGGAUCGGACAUCCAAUCGACGCUCGGUAUAUCCUACAUGGUCACGGUCUUCUCGCAGUCCCAAAUCAUGGAUCUAUACCACUUGCACCUCGUCUUUGAUAUUGUCAGCUUCGUCGGCGUGUCGAACACAGCCGCCCUCGUCUGUUGGCGAUUCGUCCGUGCGAAGAUCGAGGCUUCAGACAUAAGCCCUGAAUCUAAGAGCAAACGCAAACGCAUAUCUUAUUGGCAUGGUCGCUACCGCGCCACCUUCAUCUUCGUCAUGUUAUACCUAGCCCUUCUCAUUCUCCUCUGCGUCCGCCUCAACGAUUGGGCUCCUGACACUGAACCCGGCCGCUGCUACUUCUCGCACUUAGUAACUAGCCCACAUGCCUCCCACCCCGGCGACGACCAGAUCUACGUAUCCAUCACCGGCAGCUGGCUUAUCGUCGUCAUCCUUUCCAGCGUCUUCGUCGGUGUUCGCGGGAGACGUUGGAUUCUGCUCCUCGCCUCGCUCCAUUUUCCCCUGCACCUUUAUAUGGCGAUUGCACUGCGACAGGCAAACCAAGGCAGGUUCGAGGGCGAGGUCAAACACGAGAAUGAGUGGGACUUUGGACAGACGACAGCGGUGGUUCUCCUGGGUAUUGCCGUGGUCGAACUCAUCACCAAGGGAAAAGAGUAUUAUGAUUUCGAGAGAUAUGUGACGAAGCAUGGUGCUCUGCCCGGUGUAAAUGAAAAUGGUCAAGGGCCCCAGAAAGAUGUGGAAGCUAUUGGGAAUGGAGCUACAUAUCCCCUUGAGACGUUGUCGGGUAAAGAUGAACAGAGCCCUGAAGCAAGGCACUUGCUGUCGAAGAGACAUGCUACAUCUCCACCUUGAAAGGGCUAGGUAAGAGAAACUGCGCUGGGAACGCAACCAAAGUUAGAAAGAACGCUCUUUGACAACUAUGAUGAUGAUGACGAUGAACACAUUUGUGAGGGUUUAUGUA